GAAGGACAGGUGAUCAGGUUUUGAAGCAAAGGUCCUGAGGGGGGUCAGGAGAUAACGCAUGUGAUGUCUUCCUCCAGACUCAUUCCCCUGUGGAAGGAUUUAAAAUAUCUCAUAAGUGACAUACAAAAAAGCAAGAAAACUUCAGAUGACGCACAGAGUGACGUAGUUGUGCUGAGUGACCGGUCCCAGAUACUGUUCCAAGAGUCUCGACAUCCUCAAAAUAUGCCACUUAUAUGCUAUUACUUCAGUGAUGCCAACUUCUUUGCCUCCCUUUCAUGGCUGACAACAAGCACAAAAGAAAUACAGGCUGUAGUAUGGAUAAAGAGCAAAACUGAGGACAUGGUCGAGAAGAGGACAUUCUCCAUGGCCGAACGAUUGCCAUCCAUCCAGUGUAUGGUCCACACAGGUUCCUUUCAUGCCUUGGUGGCCUACUGUGGUGACCUGCUCCUGCGGCUCUUUGGGGACCACUUUCGGUCAUUCAAACCCCUGGGUAUAGUGCCCUGCCGCUUUAACAUCAACUGCCUCUGCUAUGACCCAAAAGUGAAGAUGCUUCUGUCAGGUAUCCUGGGGGCAGUUGUCACCUGGACCAUUGAGCGCAGUGGCAGGGGCCUCCAAAUAGCCCACAUGGUUUCCAUGCCCGGUGACGAGCUAGUCCAGGACAUCAUGUUGAAUGGCCCCAAGGGCUCCCUCCUAGCCCUGUGUGAGACUGUGGUGAGGGUCCUGGAGCACCAGGGCCCCGGGCAGCUGGGAGAGGUGAGGAGGUUCGCUUCUACCACCAGUGGCUCCUCUAUCACCUGCUGCUUCACCUGUUUUGCUCAGGACUUUCUCUAUGCUGGAAACAAGAAUGGGGACAUCGAAGUAUGGAGCCUCAGUCGGAGCCACUCUCCCCACAGUUUUAAGGCCCAUUCCUCGUCAGUGGUAUGCAUCCGCAGCCGGCCAGAAGCUCACAUGCUGCUAACAGCCGGCAAGGAAGGCUUCAUCAAGGAGUGGAACCUCACUUCGGGGGGCCUACUGCGGCAGCUAGAACUUGCUGAGGAACUGUAUCAACUCCAGUUUAUUGAUAACAUUACCUUCUUCUGCCAAACUACCCACUCUUUCUCCUUGCGCCGUCUGCCCUGCUUCUACAGCCUCUUCAACGUCUGUGGCUCUGCUCCAGAGCACGUGCGUCGGGUCCGCUGUGGUAAUAACUGUUUCCGGAUCCUGUGCGCUACUGAGGAUGGCUUGUUGCGCUUUAUGUCCCCACUAACAGGGGACCUUCUGGUUUUCACCUGGCCCUUCUCCAUCCUGGACCAGGCUGUGGAUUGGGACUAUGACCCAGAUAAAGAGGAGCUCUUUGUAGCAACAGGUGGCUCAGAUGUGCUGGUAUUUGACACAACCCGCUGCCCUUGCCCAGCCAAGUAUCUUUUAUGCACCUCACCAGAUUCUCAGGAUGUGGUACAAUGCCUGGCUUAUGGGCAUUUCCACCUGGGUCGGGGUCUGGAAGGACUAAUGUUCUCUGGACACCAGAGUGGUAUGAUAAGAGUGCUUUCCCAGCACAGCUGUGCCCGAAUAGAGCGAUUCACGCAUUUUGGGGCUGUAUUGGCACUCAGUACGCUGCCCGUAGGGCUUUUAAGUGCCCGAGAAAACUCUUUGCUCUGUUCCUAUGGAAUGGAUGACUAUGUACGCCUAUCAGAAGCUGUGUUUGAAGGGAUCAGAGUAUAUCUACGGCCCAUUGCCAGCAUUCUCAGCAGCUGUCCCCUAAAAUACCUAAUACUCUUGCCAAAGUCUGUGGGUGCCAUCACGGAGACUAACUGCCUGCGUCUCUGGAAGUUCCGUGAUAUUCUGUCCUCUGAGACACAGAAAGGCUCAACGUUCAUAGAGACAUUGCCUCUGCACCAAUGUGCCAUCACAUCCUUUGAUGUGUGCCUGUCCUUGAGUCUUUUUGUCACAGGUAGUAUUGAUGGCUCUGUCCGAAUCUGGAACUUCCAUGGUAGACUCAUAGCCACACUGGACUCAUCACUGCACUUUGGCCCAGUGUGCUUUGCAAAUGACCGGGGUGACCUGCUUGUGACUUUCAACCAGAGUCUUUAUCUUGUAUCCUGUUUAAAACUGCUUCCCCCAACCCUGCUGUAUCGCCUUUCCUUUAUGAGCAUGGUAGAUGAAGUGCUAGAAGAGCCUAAGCCUUUCAUACCAAGCUUCUUCUUUUCCUUUGAGACCAUGUUUGUGCCCAAGUAUAUCUACCUUGGACAAGGGCAACAGGAAUUAGUAGGUCUGGAGAAACUUGUGAAUAAGCGGGCCAUUGCCUUUGACCAUACUGUGCCACAUGUCAUAGAAGAUGAGCAAGGGAGCCCUGUAGUACUAGGUGCCCCAAGCCGCAGUUCCUUGGGGCAUAAUGAGGAAACAGAUAUAAACAUGCAGGUCAGCAAACGUUAUCCUCAGUAUGUGGCUCCUCCCCAACUACAGCUGACUACCUGGGAGGGAUUCAACCCCUAUCAGAUACUGCAAUACUACUUUGGUUGUGGGCGGAAAUGGCUCUUAGCCCCUGACUGCUACAUCCCCAACUCAGUGAUUCGUGCCCGUCUUUGGCCAGAGGGCAGCCCGAUAUACCUACAGUGCAACCUUCACUCACCCAUGCGGGAAUUGGAAUGGGAUAAGUCUGAACAAUUCUUCUUCUGGCGCAGGAAGGUAAGACCUAUACAUGAGGUAAAAGAAUAUUCACAGGAAAAGGACGAUGAAGAUUUCAUGGAAAUGAGAAUGUCCAAGGAUAUAACCUAUAGUGUCUUUACAGACACAACAAACCGCAGCUGGCUAGGAAGACGGAUGAGUGAAAUAGCUAUUAAUAGCCUGAUUGAGACAAUCCUCAACAGUAUGACCCAUGCUCCUUUACUGAAGUACCAAUGCUGUAUUGGUGCGUUAGGGCAAAUCUUUGCCUCUUACCAAGUGUCUCCACCCCUGCGCUCUGAAACAGCCCAUCGUCUGCUGGAUGAUACAACCAGUUCUAGUCCAGUGAUCCGAGAGCUAGCCUGGGAAGGGCUGAAGCGUCUAGGAAUGAUUACUCAUCUCUUUGCCAUGCCUCUGGCCCAAGGGUUAAUGGACAAGGACAAAAGAGUGAGGAAUAAGGCCCUGAGCCUCAUGGGUAGCACUGGAAUCCACUCUAAGACCUCACUCGUAAAUUUGAUCCAGAACCGAGACACUUUCCGGGACAUGCAGCAGGAAAUGAUUGGGGAGGAAACUCUGGAACAUCUGCUGGGGAUGCGUGCCACAGAUCUCCAAAUCCUUCAUACUAAAGUGCAGCAGCGACUGAAUGAAAAUCUGACCUUGUCACCUGGAGAUAAAAAGCCUGUUUUUUCUUUAGCUGUCUCAAGGACUUCUAAAAUUAUGCCCAUUUCCAAGCAAUCUGAUAUAAUUCUUAAAGAAUCUGAAGUUGCCAUCAAGCCCAGCAAAGGCCUAAGACGUGGCCAAGCAGGGGGCAAAAAGCAUACCCGAAAAUUGUUGCGGGUCCUUGAGAAGAUGAAAGAGACUGGCAGAGAGCCAGGUCCCUUAGAGGGUGAAAGUGAUCAGAGUGAAGCUGUACCAAUUGAAGAUACAGCCAUCCAUUCUAGGUCUUCCACUUCCAGUGUACUAAAGAUUUCAAAAGAUGCUGAACAACAACCUCCAGAGAAAGACAUCCCACAGGAUGUUGCAGUAACCCUAAAGAUGCUGAAGAAAAUACAUGACAAAAGAGGCAAGAAAACAAUGGUUGAGAAACCCAUAAAAAGGCACAAGAAGAAGAAGAGAAAAGAAGCUGAAGUUAUAAUUGAGGAAACUCUGCCUCCUAUAAAGGAAAAACCAGUUGUGAAGAAGGUACAAGCCAGAGGGCGGGGUGUCUCUGGAGCUCCUGGCCACAGGCCUACCCCUGGAGAUGGCUCAUCAUGGCGGGAUGAUAUAUGUCGUCUUAUGACCCUGAGGAUAUCUGGUUCCCAAACAGAAAUGUCAGAAGCUCUAACCACUGAGCUAGUGACCAGGGCUCAGGAGGUGCUGGAUGAUAGACACCCCAGCUGGGAGCUCUUUCAGAAGAUCUGCCCCCUACUGAAGAAAGAAAGCGAGGUGCUGUUUGAGGACCUUGAUGUAGCCUGGCCAGAGGAGAAACCAACUUUUAUUCAUGAAGAAACAAUUAGAGAGGACAUGGUUACCAGAGACAUCAAAGAGAUACCAGAGAGGCAAGAACAAGUGCAAAUGGAAGCAAGGGACAUGCGGGACUUACUGGAAACCCAAGUGAUUCCCAAAAAAGGCAAGAAAAAGAAAGUUAUUUUUUUAGAAGCUGGUGAUCUAACCAAGGGGAAACAAAUACUGAAGAAAGAAGAGAAAUCCUCUAAGAAGCCUUCUAAGCAAAAGAAGGAAAUAAAAGUGGAUAAAAAAGAGAGGGAAAUGACCGAAAGAGAGAAGGAUGUGAGUCAGGGAGUGGGGGAAAUGGCAAAACUACAGGGGGAAGUGGUUAGGCAAGAACAACAACCAAUUAUGUAUGAGGAGAAGAUGGCUUUGAAGGAUUGGAAGAAGUCCUGGGAUCAGUGGAAAAAAGCACAUGAUGAGACGAGGAAAUCCUGGAAUGAAUGGAAGACAGCCUGGGAAGGGAAACAUCUUGAGGAAGAGGAGAAACCACAAGAGGACAAAGAGAAGCUAUUCCCAGAUGAGGAAAAGCUGGAUGGGGACAAUAGAAAGCUGGGAUGGGAUGAGAGGGCACCAGUCUGGGGAAAGAAGUUGUCAGACUGGUCCAGGGUACAGCUAUUAGAGGAUGAGGAUGAACUGACCCUAGAGGAAAAAGAAUUUAGCAGAGAAGGAAGAGAAGAAGAAGAGCUGGUGACAGAAGAGCAGAGACAGAUCCAGAAAGAAUACAAACAGGCCGAGGUUGAGAGGAAACGAGCCCAAGCUGAAAGAAAACGAGCCCAAGAAGAGAGGAAGCUGGCACAAGAAGAAGAGAAGCUAGCACAAGAAGAGAGAGAAUUGGCCCAGGAAGAGAGGAAACUGGCCAGACAAUAUAGGAAACUGACCCAGAGAGAUAGAAAAAUGGUCCAGGCAGUGAGGAAGUUUGUCCAGAAAGGGGAAAAACUGGCCCAAAGAGAGGAGACACUAAGCCAAGAAGCAGAGAAAUUGGCCCAGGAAAGGAAGAAACUGGCCACGAAAUUGGAGAAACUAGCUAAAAAAGAAGAGAAAAUAGCAAAGAAAGGAGAGAAGCUGGCUGAGGUAAAAAUUAUAUUGGUCCAGAAAAUGGAGAAAGUGGCCCAGAGGGAGCAAGAUCUGACAUGGCAAGAAAAGGAAUUAGCUGAGGAAUUGGAGGAGCUGACAUGGGAAGAGGAGGAACUGGCUCAGAAAGAAGAGGAAGUGAAUCAGGAAGAGGAGGAAUUAGCUAAGGAAGAGGAGGAACUGGCUCAGGAGGAAGAGACACUGGCCUGGAAAGAGGAGAAACUGGCUAUGGAAGAGAAUAAACUGUUCCAGGAAGAAGUGCUGAUCCAGGAAGAGAAGAAACUGGCCCAGGACAAGGAAAAACUGCCUGAGGAAGAGGAAAGACUUGCCCAGAAAAGGGAGCAAUUGAUGAAGAAUAUGAAAAAACUGGCCCAAGAAAGGGAAAAAUUGGUCCAGAACAAGGUGGAACUUGCAAACAAAAAGAUGAUACUGGCCCAAUGGGGGAAAACUCUAGCUCAGAAGAAGGAGAAGCUGGUUCAGAAGGUGAAAUUGAUUCAGAGAAAAGAGAACAUCCACCAGCUUAAAGAAAACCUUGCCCAGCACAGAAAGAAAUUACUCCAAGUAAAGGAGAGAGUGGACAUGUACAAGAAGAAAUUGGUUCAGAUAGAGGAGAAGCUGAUGAAGGAAAAGGAAGAAGUUUUCCAGAAGAAGAAAUUGGCCGACACAGAAGAAAAACUGGUCCAAGGUGAGGAAGAGCUGGGUAAGAAACAGCACAAGCUAGCCCAGGACAAAAUGAAAUUAGCAGUGAGGAUGAUGGCAAUAUUUCAAAAACUGCAACUGCUCAGAGGAGAGGGGGAUAUUAUUGAAGAAGAAAAGGCACUGGACUUGAGAAUGAAGAAACUGAUCCAGGAGAAGGUAAAACUGGCUGAGGGAAAGGAAACUCUCUUCACAGGACAGACUCAAGAAACCUCAACACAGAGGAAACUGAGUGAGAAUGAACUAGAAGUAAUUAAGAGGAAACUGUCACUAGAAGAGAAGAUGCUGAUAUAUGAAGAUAGGUUGUUGGCCACUAAGCAAAUGGAAAUUGCAAAAGAAAAAUUAGAAUUUACUAGAGGAGGGAGAGUAUAUGCCCAGGAAGAAAGGAAGCUAGCCAAAGUAAUAAGGAAGUUAGGUAAAGGAAACAUUGCCAAACAACUAUCAAAUAUGCACAGAAGAAUCUUAAAGAUACUUCAAAACCGUACUAAAAAUGAAAGGAAACUAACCCAGGAAAAAAUACAGAUAACAAAGAUAAAGAGAUCACUCGUUGUUAAGGAAAGAAGAUUGAGCAAGGAACAAAAUGAAAUUGAUGCCAAAGAAUGGGAUGUUUUUGAGGAACAAUCAGAAUUUACCAAAGAUGAGAAAAAACUAGCUGAAAAGCAGAGAAAACUGGCCAAGGAAAUGAGAAGAAUGAUAAAGAAAGAGGAAAAAAUAACUGAGAAAGAAAGGAGACUGGCCAGGCAAGAGAGAGAAAUCACAGAGAAAGAAGAGGAGGAAGGAAUAACAGAGGAAGAAGAGGUAAUGUCAUUCCUUAAACAAAAGUCAAGAAAGAGAAUAAAGAGAGUUGAUAUGCCACAGGAAGAGUUUCCCAGUCAAAGGGAUGAGGUGGAAAAUGAAGAGAGCUUUUCUGCAGAAAUGAAAAGCCUGUUUGAUGAAGUAGAGCAAGAGAGUUUGUCUGAGGAGGAGGAAGAGGAGGUGGAGGAAGAGCAGGAGGAGGAAGAGAAAGGGCAGGAGGAGGGGGUGAAGGAGAAAGAGGAAGAGGAGAAGAUGGAGGCUAUAAAAGAGGUGGAGGAGGAGGAAAAGAAGAAGAAGGUUCAGGAGGAGGAGGAGAAAGUGUUUGAGAAGUAUGAAAGCAUGAGUGAGGAAGAGGUGGGAAGUUUAGGUGAGAAAGAAGAGGAGGAAGAAGAAAGAAGUACAUUGGAAGAAGAAGUAGAUAAGGAAAAAGACACCUUAAAAAGAGAAAAAUUAUUUAGGUUACAAAAAAAGAGAGAAAAGGACCCGAGAGGGAGAGAAACAGUCCCUUCUAUUAGAAAAAGCAUCCCUGAGGUCAAAGGUAUUGAUAUAAACCUGGAAGAUCUGAAAAGCCCAUCCAGUAAACUGAUCUCAGUAGCUCUGGGGAGGGAAGAGACUACACCAGUGCCAUUGUCCACAAAACAAAUAUCCUGGAAGGAUAAGACCACAGAACUUGAGAUAUCCAGGAUAUUCCCAGAGACAAGAUUUAUGGAUAAACAAGGAGAACUGUUGAAGAAAUAUAAGCCCAUUCCUCUACAAGUCUUGAAUACAGUUUUGGAGUCCCAAGAGCCAGACUUAAAGACCCCAUAUUUAUCCCACAUAGUGAGGAAGACCAUGGAACCUCAGAAACUCCAAGGCAAACCACGAGGGGACAGGAGGCAGUGGCUUUCGAAGCGUCGUCCGUCUCUGAUGGGACAGACUGUGUCCCACAUCCUGGCUGAGGAAACACAUGUAGACAUAAGCCUCUCAGACGUAGAGUGGAUCCACCAUGUUCUAGAACAGAAGGAGACAGGAGAACAGCUUUCCAGGGACAGUUUCCACAGAUUGUGCCAGCUUCUCGAAGACCUCACCUCAAAGGGAACCUUAGAGUGGAUGCAUCUGGCCACACUUAAAGCUAUCGUGUACCAUCACAGACAGGUGCUAGAAUCACGAAGCUCAAAACCCAGUAAGGAGCCCAUGGGUCCAAAAUACCUGAAAGUGAUCCCUCCUAUAAAGAGACAGGAAAAGGAAAGCUGGCUAAAACCUUUGGCUGUUCCCACACCAAAGUCUUCAUUAGCUACCAAAAGGAUUCCAAACCCAAAGGCUAUAAAUUGGCAUCUCCUAGGAAAGCCUUACAGGAGUGCACGGGCAGAGCAGAUAUCCAGGACCCUCAAGGAGAUGGAGAUACGAUACUCUUAUCCUGUCACAAGAGACAUUUUCACAGGUGUCCAUGCCUCUGUGGAAAAACAAACCCUAGCACUGAUGUUUCAAAAGGACUUCUGGGCUUUUAAGGGUAAGGGCAGGCCCCCCAAAUUGCCCAAGGUGGAGAAGAAGGCACAGCCUAGAUCUGCCACAAAGGAAGAGGUCCCUCUAUGGGAUACAUUUGUGGCACUGUACCAUGUUUUGCAGAUAUUGCGGGAGCGAUAUGCAGAAGACAGUGCUACUUGGAUGGAACAGUUCUACCUGCUCAUGGACCUGUACCAACUUAAGUCCCCCAGAAUCCAGAGACUGCUACAGGAUCUGCUACUGAGAGAGGAACCCCGACCCCAUGGGAACAUCUACAGAGAUCCCCUAAAGGCCAUGGAUCUAGCUCCUGGGGAGCGGCUGUUCUACCACCUGUUUUGUGGUAGCUCUCACAUCCCCAGAGGUCCUCCGAAGUUCCAGGAGGUGGUGCCCCUCCCAGGACAGAACAAUGUGAGUACCAUGCUUCCCAUGGGCAUUGCUCAUUAUGGGAUCUUAGAACUUGCCUGGAAGAGCCUGCCCCAAGCUGAUAUUCACCUCACCGAGGAAUUGCCCCAUAUUGUUGCUCCUACUCUGUAA